AUGGUGACUAGAUUAUUACUAUCCCGAUUGAAAAACAUUCCUGAAAGAAGAAAAUCUCUCAAAAACUUUGAGGGCAAAGGAAAAUUACACAGUUGUAAUUUUUGUGGAGCGUCCUUCCUCCAAGGAGAUGAAUGGAGUAAACACUUGAAAACACACCAAACGACAGUUUUAACCAAAUUAUUUCUCUCUACUAAAUUAAAGAAUCUUGUUGAUCGCAGACUAUUAGAGAAAGAUGAGAACUGCGAUUCUUUUCGUAAACUGCUGUACGUAAAUUUAUCUGACGCCGUUUUUACAACUAAAUCUUUUGCAACAGUAAAGGCUUAUGCCAAGAAAACUAAAAACGGUAAAAGUAUGAAUGAUGUUAAAGCUCAUGUCAAUUCAAAAAGGGUUAGUUGUAAAAUAUGUAAGAAGACGUACUCUUCACGUAAGGGUCUGAAUGCACACAUGGAAGUACAUGCCAAAGAAAAGAAAUUUAAAUGUGACCUGUGCGAUCGAACUUUUACGUAUGAAAGUUAUCUUAAAAAACACGCAGUUCUUCAUUCUAAGGAGAAAAAGUUCGAAUGUAAUAUAUGCUUUAAACGAUUUAGUUUAAAGGAAUAUUUACGCACUCAUCUAAUUCUACAUACAGGCGAAAAGAAAGUUAAAUGUCCCGUCUGUAGUAAAGCAUUUGCUUAUAAAAAUAAUGUGAAAAGGCAUUUGAAAACCCACGAGAAGAAUUUUACCUGUCACUUGUGCUCUAAACGUUUUAGUGAAAAAAGACAUCUGGUUCGGCAUCUGGUUGUGCAUAGUGUUUCUCGCCCUGAUAAUACUAAGUGUAUGAUAUGCUCCAAGGAGUUCUCGAAUAACGAACAAUUAAAAGAGCACUUUGACAGUUUACACGGAGCAAAACAAUUUAAAUGUGACAUUUGUCCUGCUGCAUUUGCAACAAAGACAAACUUGGGUUAUCAUUUAGCGUGGCAUAAGGGAGAAAAAACACAUCAAUGUAAUAUCUGCAAGAAAGCCUUUCAAUUUAGACACAUGUUGAAAUCACAUUUAUUAAUACAUAAAGGCCAAGAACCUUUUAAAUGUUCAUAUUGUUCAAAAGCCUUUACUCAUUCUGGAAGUUUAAAACUGCAUGAAAAAAUUCACACGGGCGAGAAAGUCUAUUGUAAAGUUUGUAACAAAGGCUUCACACAACCUUCCAACUUAUACGAGCACCACAGAAUAGUUCACGAGAAGAGAAAAGAUUAUCAAUGUACGAUUUGUUCAAAAGCCUUUCCUCAGAAAAAGAAUCUUCAAUACCAUAUAUUAACGCAUACUGGGGAGAGACCCCACAAAUGUGACAUAUGUUCACGUUCGUUUGUGACCAAAAGUUCUUUGGUAGGGCAUAUUUCUAGUAUACAUGAGAAGAGGAAACAUAAAUGUGACAAAUGUUCAAAAGAGCUAAGUUCUCGUUCAAGUCUAAUUCGGCAUAUGUACUCGCAUUUUAAGAAUAGACCUCACAAGUGCAGAUUGAAAAACAUACCUGAAAGAAGAAAAUAUCACAAAAACUUUCAUGGCCAAGGAAAAUUACACAGUUGUAAUUUUUGUGGAGCGUCCUUCCUCCAAGAAGAUGAAUGGAGUAAACACUUAAAAACACACCAAACGACAGUUUUAACUAAAUUAUCUCUCUCUACUAAAUUAAAGAAUCUUGUUGAUCACGGACUAUUAGAGAAACACGGUAACUGCGAGUCUUUUCGUAAACUGUUGUACGUAAAUUUAUCUGACGCCAUUUUUACAACUAAAUCUUUUGCAACAGUAAAGGCUUAUACCAAGAAAACUAAACGUGGUAAAAGUGUGAAUUAUCUUAAAGCUCAUGUCAAUUCAAAAAGAGUUAGUUGUAAAAUAUGUAAGAAGAUGUACUCUUCACCCAAAGCUCUGAAUACACACAUGGAAGUACAUGCUAAAGAAAAGAAAUUUAAAUGUGACUUGUGCGAUCGAACUUUUACAUAUAAAUGUAAUCUUAACAGCCACGCAGUUCUUCAUUCCAAGGAGAAAAAUUUUGAAUGUAAUAUAUGCCUUAAACGAUUUAGUUUAAAGCGAUAUUUAAGCAUCCAUCUAAUUCUACAUACAGGCGAAAAGAAAGUUAAAUGCCCCGUCUGUAGUAAAGCAUUUGCUUAUAAAAUUAAUAUGAAAAGUCAUUUGAAAACCCACGAGAAGAAUUUUACUUGCCACUUGUGCUCUAAACGUUUUAGUGUUAAAAAAUAUCUGGUUCGGCAUUUGGUUGUGCAUAGUGUUUCUCGUCCUGAUAAUACUAAGUGUAUGAUAUGCUCCAAGGAAUUCUCGAAUAACGAACAAUUAAAAGAGCACUUUGACAGUUUACACGGAGCAAAACAAUUUAAAUGUGACAUUUGUCCUGCUGCAUUUGCAACAAAGACAAACUUGGGUUAUCAUUUAGCGUUUCAUAAGGGAGAAAAAACACAUAAAUGUAAUAUCUGCAUGAAAGCCUUUCAAUUUAGACGCAUGUUGAAAUCACAUUUAGCAACACACACAGGCCAAGAACCUUUUAAAUGUUCAUAUUGUUCAAAAGGCUUUAUUCUUGCUCAAAGUUUAAAAAUGCAUGAGAGAAUUCACACGGGUGAGAAGGUCUACUGUAAAGUUUGUAACAAAGGCUUCACACAACCUUCCCACUUAUAUGACCACCACAGAGUAGUUCACGAGAAGAGAAAAGAUUAUCAAUGUACGAUUUGCUCAAAAGCCUUUCCUCAGAAAAAGAGUCUUCAAUACCAUAUAUUAACGCAUACUGGGGAGAGACCCCACAAAUGUGACAUAUGUUCACGUUCGUUUGUGACCAAAAGUGCUUUGGUAGGGCAUAUUUCUAAUAUACAUGAGAAGAAGAAACAUAAAUGUGACAAAUGUUCAAAAGAGCUAAGUUCUCGUUCAAGUCUAGUUAAGCAUAUGUUCUUGCAUUCUGAUAUUAGACCUCACAAGUGCAGAUUGAAAAACAUACCUGAAAGAAGAAAAUAUCUCAAAAACUUUGAGGGCAAAGGAAAAUUACACAGUUGUAAUUUUUGUGGAGCGUCCUUCCUCAAAGAAGAUGAAUGGAGUAAACACUUGAAAACACACCAAACGAAAGUUUCAACUCAAUUAUCUCUCUCUACUAAGUUAAAGAAUCUUGUUGAUCACAGACUGUUAGAGAAACAUAGCAACUGCGAUUAUUUUCGUAAACUGUUGUAUGUAAAUUUAUCUGACGCCAUUUUUACACCGAAAUCAUUUGCAACAGUAAAGGCUUAUGCCAAGAAAACUAAAAAUGGUAAAAGUGUGAAUUAUCUUAAAGCUCAUGUCAAUUCAAAAAGGGUUAGUUGUAAAAUAUGUAAAAAGAAGUACUCUUCACCUAAGGGUCUGAAGGUACACAUGGAAGUACAUGCUAAAGAAAAGAAAUUUAAAUGUGACUUGUGCGAUCGAACUUUUACAUAUAAAAGUAAUCUUACAAAACACGCAGUUCUUCAUUCCAAAGAGAAAAAUUUCGAAUGCAACAUAUGCUUUAAACGAUUUAGUUUAAAGGGAUAUUUACGCACUCAUCUAAUUCUACAUACAGGUGAAAAGAAAGUUAAAUGUCCUGUCUGUAGUAAAGCAUUUGUUUAUAAAAAUAAUAUGAAAAGUCAUUUGAAAACCCACGAGAAGAAUUUUACCUGUCAAGUGUGCUCUAAACGUUUUAGUGAAAAAAGACAUCUGGUUCGGCAUCUGGUUGUGCAUAGUGUUUCUCGCCCUGAUAAUACUAAGUGUAUGAUAUGCUCCAAGGAGUUCUCGAAUAACGAACAAUUGAAAGAGCACUUUGACAGUUUACACGGAGCAAAACAAUUUAAAUGUGACAUUUGUCCUGCUGCAUUUGCAACAAAGACAAACUUGGGUUAUCAUUUAGCGUGGCAUAAGGGAGAAAAAACACAUCAAUGUAAUAUCUGCAUGAAAGCCUUUCAAUUUAGACACAUGUUGAAAUCACAUUUGACAACACACACAGGCCAAGAACCUUUUAAGUGUUCAUAUUGUUCGAAAGGCUUUAUUUUUGCUCAAAGUUUAAAAAUGCAUGUGAGAAUUCACACGAGUGAAAAAGUCUACUGUAAAGUUUGUAACAAAGGCUUCACACAGAUUUCCCAAUUAAACAGGCACCGCAGAGAAGUUCACGAGAAGAGAAAAGAUUAUCAAUGUUCGAUUUGCUCAAAAGCCUUUCCUCAGAAAAAGACUCUUCAAUGCCAUAUAUUAACGCAUACUGGGGAGAGACCCCACAAAUGUGACAUAUGUUUAAGUACGUUUGUGACCAAAAGUGCUUUGGUAGGGCAUAUUUCUAAUAUACAUGAGAAAAAGAAACAUAAAUGUGACAAAUGUUCAAAAGAGCUAAGUUCUCGUUCGAAUCUAGUUCAGCAUAUGUUCUUGCAUUCUGAGAAUAGACCUCACAAGUGCAGAUUGAAAAACAUUACUGAAAGAAGAGAAUGUCCCAAGAACUUUAGUGGCAAAGGAAAAUUACACAAUUGUAAUUUUUGUGGAGCAUCGUUCGUUCGAGAAGAUGAAUGGAAUAAACACUUGAAAACACACCAAACGAAAGUUUUAAAUAAAUCAUCUUUCUCUACUAAAUUAAAGAAUCUUGUUGAUCACAGACUAUUAGAGAAACACGGUGACUGCGAUUCUUUUCGUAAACUGCUGUACGUAAAUUUAUCUGACGCCAUUUUUGCAACUAAACCUUUUGCGACAGUAAAGGCUUAUGUCAGGAAUACAAAAAGCGAGACUUUAGUGAGGCACACUUCACGUCCUCAUAACACUUAUAAGUGUUUGAUAUGCUUCGAGGAGUUUUCGAAUAAUACACAAUUGAAAGAGCACGUUAACAGUAUACACGGAGGAAAACAAUAUAAAUGUGACAUUUGUCCUGCUGUAUUUGAAUCUAACGCAAAAUUGGGUUAUCAUGUAGCAUGGCAUAAGGGAGAAAAAACGCAUCAAUGUAAUAUCUGCCUGAAAUCCUUCCAAUUUGGAUACCUCCUGAAAUCGCAUUUAAGAAUACAUACAGGCGAAGAACCUUUUAAAUGCUCAUAUUGUUCAAAAGCCUUUACUAGUGUUGGAAGUUUAAAAUCGCAUGAAAAAAUUCACACAGGUGAAAAAGUCUACUGUAAAGUUUGUAACAGAGGCUUCACACAAACUUCCGUAUUAAACAAGCACCACAGAGAAGUUCACGAGAAGAGAAAAGAUUAUCAAUGUACGAUUUGUUCAAAAGCCUUUCCUCAGAAAAAGAAUCUUCAAUACCAUAUAUUAACGCAUACUGGGGAGAGACCCCACAAAUGUGACAUAUGUUCACGUACGUUUGUGACCAAAAGUGCUAUGAUGUCACAUAUUUCCAAUGUACAUGAGAAGAAGAAACAUAAAUGUGACAAAUGUUCAAAAGAGUUGAGUUCUCAUACAGGUCUAGUUAGGCAUAUGCUCAUGCAUUCUGAAAAUAAACCUCACAAAUGCAGUUUGUGUCCGAAAUCGUAUGCUCAGAAAGUACUUCUGACCCAGCAUAUGUUAGCACAUACAGGAGAAAAAAACUUCAAAUGUUCUACAUGUUCUAAAUCAUUUAUCACCGUGUAUAAGUUAAGAAGACAUAUGAAUACACAUACGAAAACAAACAAAGAAACAGUAGGGGAAUAG